UUCCAUUUAAGAAUCAUAAAAAAGUGUUUAAAAAUCAGUUAAAACACCUUAGUAAAAUUAUCUGAACCCCAUCAAGUUACAACAAUAUAAUAAUAAUGUGCUUUUUAUAUUUAGUAAUAAAUAAAAACAAGCAAAAUUGAUUUAGAUUAAUCUUCACCCAAAAAUUUACUUUACUUGAAUUUUUCUUCUGAAUGUUGUUGGUGAAAAUGUGUCUAUAUAUUCAUUUGAGUAUUUAAAAAUAAAAUAAAAAAAAUAACCACAUACACCAGACAGGAAUAGUCCUUUAAUAAUAGAACUAAAAAAAUAAAAAAAAUCCAAAUAUAACAAGCCUGACUUUUUUUAGUGCACAACCACUCUUUAAACAGCAGAGGGCGCUCGAUCUACCAGUCUGCUACACUCUCUGGGCCACAAAGAAGAAUUCCCAGCAUGCACUUCGGCGCGCUAAUUUCAAGAAUGGGAGAUAAAAGUCAGAAGCUGCAUUCAUGAAGGAGCAAUUCUAGGCGUUUUGUUGUCGACUACUGCCGUUUUUCAUCGUGUUUUAUGCAGGCUGUUUGUGGAGAUGAAUGAAAGAUGAGUGGAUCAGGUGACAGCAGUGGGACAAUCAAAGUAGCGGAUUCCUUUGAGGAUUUGUGGAGACAGCUGGGGGAGUGUCACCAUCACGUGAUUGGAGAACUGGAGUCAAAGGUGAGCCGUCUGAAAAAGGACCGCUGCCUAGACGCUCAGAGACUCGAGGUGUUUUACAACCGAAACCAGCAGCUGAAGGAGGAGAACAAAACUCUGCAUGACACCAUCAACCUCCUAGAGGAAAGGCUCCGAGCAGGAGAGUGUGAUCGUUGUGUCGUUUUGGAGGAAAAGCUGAAGAGCAGUCUGGAUCAGAAUCUCCGACUUCUCAAUGAGCUGAGAAUCGAGAGAAACGACCUGCAGGAUGAAAACGGGAAACUCCGUGCCGAGAUACAAAAGCUGAAAGCUUCUUGUUCCUCUUCAGAUCAGGACGCCGGCUUCAUCCCCGACUCGCCUGUCCUACCCAGCUCCCUGCCCCCCGCCAACAAGCUGAGGAAGCGCAAACAAGUCGACCAGCAGAAACACGUCCGUUACGAGGAGAAGCCCAUUCCCCACCCCCACAAGUCCCUCCUGUGUGAACCUGCAGAGAAUGCUGGGAAAGCUGAAGUGCUGGUGCCGAACACUUGCGAGCUGGACACACCUCAGAUCGCAGACGAUGAAGAUGAUGGAGAGGCGAUCGCAGAAACGUGCGCCUUUCUGCCUGUUGGUAAACAUCCUGUGAAAAAUCAGUUUCCUCCAAAUCAGCAAAGUUCCUCAAAACCCCUCUUGAAACACAAUGUGUGUAUAAAGCCUCAGUGCUUCUCUUCAUCCACCCGGAUCCGCAGUCCAGACUCCACCACCAAGAAGUCUCCGUCUUUUCUGCCGCACGCCAAACGCUUCGCAGAUGACGUCUCUGAUUGCAGGCUGACGAAGGAGGAGAAGAGGGAGGAGCUGAUGGACGACAGCGGAGAUAAACGCCAGGAGGGGGCGGCCUUACAGGUUCAGCCUUCUGACGGUGGCGCCUCCGGCCUAAAGCCCCCCUCCUCUCCUGCUUUUCGAGUUCCCCUCAGCGUGACUAAAGGAGAUGGAGGCGCCAAGAAGAGAACUUUGAAUGUUUCACGCGGCCAGCCUGGAGCCAAAGAAUGCAGGACGCUCUCCGUGGAGCCGGCAUGGAGCAUCGACCCCGCCCUCGCUCUGUCCUUAUGUGACGGCGAGCUGGACGGAGAUGAGGUCGAGUUGGAGGAAAAGCAGCACGGCGGCGAGCUGAUGGACACGGACUGCACAUGGGUCAGCCACAGCAUGCUUCAGCGCCCGGGACCGAUCAGCCAGGACAGCAGAGACAUCAAGCCAGGUUUAGGCGCGAAGGCGGUGGACAGUUUGGAUGUGAUGUUUGACACCACGGCGUAUGGCGAGUACCAGUCAUACAGCAACUUGCCUUUAAAUCAUGAAGAGGAGGAUGAUGAUGGUGAUGAAGAAGAGGAGAAACACUAUGAGGACAACAGUGAACCAGGUUCUCCUGCACGUCCAAAUAAAGCCCAGCACCCAGCGUUUGCACACGUGGCUGUGGUUCGUAAGAAAGACGAGAGGAGGAAACUGAAGGGCACCACCUGCAAAGAGUGUGAGAUUUAUUACGCUCAUCUGCCGGAGGAGGAAAAACAGAAAAAGCUCUCUGCUUGCUCCAGACAUCGCUACCUCUACAUCCCUCCAUGUACUCCUGAAAACUUCUGGGAAGUGGGGUUCCCGUCAACUCAAACCUGCAUUGACAGAGGCUAUAUCAAAGAACAGAACAGUCCUCCAGGGCGAAUGAAGAGAAGACAACCUUUAAACGCCUUAUUCACCCCAAAGAAAAAGGAGCAGAGCUUAAAAUCCACUUGAUUUUUGUGGUUUCAACUCAUUUAGGAGCUCAUGAAGGAUGUAGAACUGGACUUUUUGUUUGCUCCUAGCUGCACAACCCCAACCCUCCUGUGAUUUUUCUGUGAUCUAUGUUUAAAAAAAAUAAAAUGUAUGA